UUUAGUUCAUUUAUGAAUGGCCCAAGUUUCUAAUACAUGCUUUCACAUGAAUUCAUGUGUCAAUAUAUUGAGCGUAAUUUUGAUGAUAAUGUCAACAACAAAAAUGAUCUCCCGAGAAGAUUCCGAUAAAAUUAGCUCAUUGAUGGGCACCUAUUUGCUUCAAGGUUAUACCUUAUUAGAUGAUUAUUGUUCUAUUUGCAAGACACCAUUGAUGAGAAAAAGAAUGGAAUUAGCAUUCUGUAUGUAUUGUGAUCAUCUCAAAAAGAAACCAGAUAAUGAAGAACAGUGGUCAUUUGCAACAUUUGAAAGAAAAUCUCAAAAUGAAACCUUGGCAAUGAUAAGUGACGAUCAACCAGAUGAAGAUAAUUUCACACCUAGAAUCAGGAAUAAAAUGCAAAAAAUCAUCAUGAAUAUGAUCGAAGAUCUUGAAACUCAGUCACAAAUCACAAACUUUCAAGGAAAUGUGCGACAGAAUUUAGAAAAUAUGUCAUUAUUGAUUGAAAUGAUUGAUAAAACAAUUGUAAUGAUGAAAAAAUUAUGAAAAAUUUUAUUAUCAAUUUUUGUGAUUAAAUUUAAUUUCCCAUUUGAUGGUUAAUAAAUUUGGCUAUUUUUAUAUAUCAUAA